AUGGACCUAAAGUACGUCUCCUGGGUAAUUAGAAAUGCCCUCACUGUAGCACUUGAACCCCUCAACCAAACAACCGAGCAGAUCAAUAAGGACCUAAAAGCUACCAUUGAAGUCCUAUCCACCCAAAACGACUCCCUUAAACACACCGUCGACGUCCUGGACAAACAAAUGUUUGAAAUAACAAAGAACCAAGACAAAACUUCCGAAAAACUCCAUCGCGUCCAACAACAGCUCACCAACCUCUCUGUCAACAGACCUAGCAACCAAGCAGUCAACGAAGGAAGAGCUGCCGCAAUCGCCGCCGUCGCCGCUGCCACCACCUGUAAUGGGGGUGCUAGGAUGGGCACGACCGUGACUUGGAUCAAAUUGGAAAUGGUAAACGGGGAAUGA